AUGAACAAAGUGAUACUAAUGCGGGCUACGGAUAGGUUUGCAGCAAAAAUUUCUGUUACAGAUUCAAAUUCUGCUCUGUUUCGUAGCAUUAUAUCAGCAGUUGUCAAUGUUUGCAAGGCUUUCGUCAGGCUGGAGAAUCUUGAUAAAUCGAUUGUUGUGGAUGUCGAUGAGAUCAUCACCUCAGUGUUGCUGUGGUGUACAACUUUGCAUCCAUUUUCUGUGUAA